CUGCACCACAGGGAGAGAGGGAAAAAGAGAGAGAGAGAGAGGAGGAACAGAGCGUGUUAGUGAGCAAUUGAAUGAAGUAGUGCCACCCAUGCCAAACUGAGCACAGGCAACAGAACUCGUAGAUACGCAAACAUAACUCAACAUCCUUCUCAGAUCUCUCAGUACAGGAGGAAACUGUGAGCUCAGGAAUGGGCUGCUUUGGAUUUCUCAAACUCAUGAUGUUUGCCUUUAAUGGCAUCAUCUUUCUGGCUGGAGCUACGAUCCUGGGGGUGGGCAUAUGGGUGAAGGUGGACAGCAAUUCCCUCUUCUCCUUGCUGGACAAGAUUCCUGGUGCGCCGGAGGAGCUGAACCAGGUCUUAAACGUGGGCUACCUCCUGAUAGCUGUGGGCGCCGUGCUCCUGCUCCUGGGCUUCCUGGGAUGCUGUGGAGCCAUUAAGGAGAGCAAGUGUAUGCUGCUGCUGUUCUUUAUUAUAGUGUUGCUGGUCUUCAUAGCAGAGGUGGCUGGAGCAGUGGUCAUUUUGGUCUUCAAACCUUUAGCCGAAAACUUGAUCAGGGAUCUUGGCAUUAAAACCGCUGAGAACAUCGAAAAAGACUAUGGAGAAAAUCCUGAUGUAACAGCCCUGUGGAACUCAACCAUGGAUACACUGAAAUGCUGCGGGUUCAACAACUACACAGACUUCACAGGAUCUCCAUUUGUCACGGAAACAAAGGAAUACCCUUCUCAAUGCUGCACUUCUUCUCCCUGUCCUGUGGUCAUGGCACAGACAUCGGCAGUGAGUGGCUGCUUGGACAAACUGGUUGGCUUGAUAGAUGAAAAUUCAGUGGUGAUCAUAGCUGUGGCUCUGGGCAUUGCUGUUUUGGAGAUCUCUGCAAUGGUUGUCUCGAUGUCCUUGUAUUGCCAUAUCGACUCCAAAUAAGACUUGGAUUGAUCAAGGAAGUUCACGGAAGAGGAGGCAUUCCAGACAUUUUACAGUUCACACAAACUACCAGACAAGCCAAAACCAAAGAACUCAAAAAUGAUCUUAUAGCCGAGGAUUAUGACUAGUAUCUUAUGAAGCAGGGAUUUUCAUUUUAUAUUAUGCAUUUCAAAAUUCAGAUGUCUUUUAAUGUAAAUAGAUUGUUUUGCAUAAGUGAUAAUAUGAUUUAGCAUGGGAAAAUGAAAAUAAUCUCACCACAAUUUUGAAUUGUAGGCCUACUUUGGAUGUAGGCUAGAUUAGACAUAUAUUUUAAUUUUAAGAAAAUGUAAAAGUUUAAAUGUUCCAACAAGUCUUCGUGGCACGUUGAAAUGGAAUGAAAUAUGCACUUUAAAUUAGUAGGUCACAGGCCUAUAAAUCACCUUGUACAUGCCAAAGAAUGUCAGAAAAUAUUAUGAUGAAUGGAAUGGUGUAGAAGGCCACUGGCAACUGUUUCUUAUUAUUUUCCCAGCAAAAUAAAGUACUAAUAUUACACCACA